AUGGUCGCUUACGAGAUCUUUGACCAUAUUGAGGAAAAUUUUCCCUCGUUAGCAUAUGGUCUGAUAUUGGUUGUUUUAUCAGGGCAAAUAACUUUUGCUCAGAAUUGUUUCACUGGGGAUGAUCCUAUGCAGGUCACUGCAUCAGCAUCUCACAACAGAACCAUUGAAAGCCUUUACUAUCCCUCGGAUUACCAAAACAACACGGAAUGCAAAUGGAGGGUUGAAAUUGAAGACAAAUUCAACCUUCCCUUUGGAGGUUAUGUAAUUAAGGCUAUAUUCAAUGACUUUGAGUUGCAAGCUGGUCAAGACUCUUCAGUUCCUAGUUGUCCAUACGGUAACCUUACGUUUUAUGAUGGAUAUUCGGAAUCAUCUCCCCUUCUUGGAUCAUACUGCGGUACAGUCCAUCCUGAAGUUAUUUAUUCCACUGGAAAUAACCUGUAUAUCAAGCUCCAGACAGACAGUACAAACUCUUCGCGACGAUUCCGCAUAAGUGUUUCGGUGGUUGGAGCAGAGAAGGCGUCUGGAAUAUGCCGUCCAUCACGGACAGAAGGCAAUGCCAUUAUUGUCCAAGGUCAUUAUGGUACAAUAUUCAGCCCUGAUUAUCCUGUCCCAUACCAGGAUGAUACAACCUGUGUAUGGACGCUCUACGCUGCAGAUGGCGAUAGAGUGAAGUUAAGUUUUGUAGAUUUUGAACUUGGCCAAAGCGUUAUCGAUACUACAUACUACAGUUUCUGUGAUGUUAAAUCCGUCAUGGACUAUGUUGAAAUUCACGAUGGCCCGUCGUCUACGUAUAAACGUCUUGGUAGUUACUGUGGAAAAAAGACGCCCUUCGAUGUUUAUUCCUCUGGACGUCGCAUGUUGAUAAAGUUUCGUGCCAACCGUGAUGGUGUCCAAGCAAACAGAGGUUUCAAAGCACAUUUUGAGUCUGUAAAACCACGUAAGUUAACAGCUGUUUCACUUCUCUCAGGAGUCUCCACGCUUUCUGUGGCUCACUGGCAGAGCGUCUGGUCUAGUACUCGGAUUCCUUUUUCCAAAUAUAUCACAAUUGCACUUCUAUUGUUCUUAGUUUACGAUGCGGAGCAUUGUCUACCAGGAAACACCAACAAUCUGAAUCUGAAAUUAACUGGUUCGUAUGGAACUCUACAAAGCCCCGAGUACUACCCCCCGGAAUUGGUGUGUGAUUGGCUCAUCACUGUCCCGGAAGGGAGGAAAGUAGAGCUCAGCUUUGAAAGACUUGACUUGGAUUUUGAAACCGCCGAGCAUGGAUGCGAGGAUUACGUGCAGAUUCGUGAUGGAGAUUCAAAGCAGAGUGAUACGAUAGAGUAUUUCUGUGGUAAUGUAAUUCCAAAGCCCUUGAAGUCCAGCGGUCGGUAUAUGUACAUUCGUUUCUGUGCUGACAGUGUGUAUGACACACCACGCCGGGGAUUCAAGGCCACAUUCAAAGCCGUCAAGGAAUUCCGUAAGUUGGUAAUUUUAAAACUUAGGUAAUAUAACACCCUAGAAUGACUUCACAUUCUCACAACAAGUAAACUAUCAUAAAAGUAUAACGUUCCUAUUAGGC